AGCGUUCGUGAAUGGGAUUUUACUAUCAAUAGACCGGAAAUAGGUCAAUGAACUGUCAAAUUACUAUUUUGGGCCGUGAAAACAACAAAACGUGGUCAGACGCCCUCCGACUCAUGAACUUUCAAAAUUGCACAUCUCCUUUUAGCAUUACCUGGCUAAAAUGAUGCGAAAGCGAAAUUUCAGUUAUUGUAGAGAUGAGUAACUGAAUUUUCAAUAGUCAUUCAUUCCGUCAUCCUAGUAUCACGGAAAGAGGCAGAAAGGGCUCCCAAACCUGUUACAUCCGGGCCUCUCUAACAAUAUGACUGGUUUAAACCGGGAAAAGCGGUGCAAACUGGCCGCGGUGUUCGCUGUAAAACUUCGUGCAGUGUUCAGAGAAGGUCGUGUUUUUAGUUUCCGUCGAAUUUUUCCUCAGUUUAUACUCAGAAUAUAUUUAUUUUCUCGUGAUCUGUCUCUUUACUCCAAUGCCUACGGCAAUGGCAACCAUAGAGCACGCUACGCAGCUGCUGGAUUUCUCUCAAAAACUCGAUAUAACUUUACUAGACUCGGUCGUCUCUUGUUUUUACAUGGCCCAGGGACCGCAGCAAAGAAUGGCAGACCAGAUCUUGACUCAACUGAAACAGCACCCUGACGCCUGGACGAGAGUAGAUACCAUACUCGAGUAUUCAAAUAACCAACAGACAAAGUAUUUCGCACUCCAAAUACUCGAAGCAGUCAUCAAGACCCGAUGGAAAGUUCUUCCUCCAGAACAGUGUGAAGGCAUAAAGAAAUACAUUGUAGGACUGAUAAUAAAAAUUUCAUCUGACGCCGAGUUGCUGGAGAAAGAGAAAACGUAUAUUGGAAAGUUGAACAUGAUUUUGGUGGAGGUAUGUUAGAUGAGAUGUCGGUUUUGUUUUAGAAGGGUGAUUCCCGCCAAAAUAUUCAUAUUUAAAAUGCGAUGUCAUUUCUGUGGCUUUGGAUAAUAUUUGCGUAAAUUUAGGAGAGCAGGGUUUGUCCAUGUUUGCCUGCGAGACUUGUCUUAAUUAAUGUCUUAAUUCAACCAAGUUUGAAAAAUCAUGGACUCUUUAGCCAGCUAAUGCGUUUUGACAGGUGUUUUUGUUUACAAGUUAGAAAUGGGCUGCUGGCCAAAUUAGUCAAGCUUUCAAAAUCCCUGCAGAAGUAUUGCGCUGAUUUUAAUUAGACUUUGAGAGUUCUAACUCUUCUUGCAUUUGUCUAGACCAGACGAGGUCUUGUGUAAGCACUGAGAUUUUAACUAAUAUAUUAAAGAAUGGUAUAAGUAUGGUUUUAAUUUGGCAGGUUCCCAGUUGUUUUCAAUUACUGAUUUAAAAUAUUAAACUGUUUUUGUUGAUUCAUGCUUGUUGGAUUGUUGUAUUCUGCAAGGAGCAUGUUUGUUGCAUCAAAGUCAUUUAUUUAUUAUUAUUUUGU